GUUGGGAGUAUCUCUUCAGGCAUGCCUGCUGCAGAUUGUGGGGUACAGAAAUCUGAUUGCAGAGGUUGAAAAGCUGCGCAGAGAACCCUAUGAUUCGGAGAAUCCCCAACAUGAGGAAAUGCUUCUGAAGUUGUGGAAAUGCUUGAAGCCCAAUUCGCCACUGAAAGCUCGGAUUUCGAAGCAGUGGUGUGAAAUUGGUUUCCAAGGUGACGAUCCUAAAACAGACUUUAGAGGGAUGGGUCUCCUGGGCUUAUAUAACUUGGUGUAUUUUGCCGAAUGGGACACUGAGAUAGCUCAGCAAGUUCUCUCUGAUUCUCUUCAGCCUAAAUACAGGGAAGUCACUAAGAAGGAACUAAGCCAAUUCAACAAAGCCGAAUGGGAGAAGAAAAAGUUUGAUAAGGCAAUUGGCUAUUCUUUUGCUAUCGUGGGCAUUAACAUAACAGACCUCGCAUACAACCUGCUUGUGAGCGGAGCCCUGAAGACCCAUUUCUACAACGUUGCUCCAGAAGCACCAACACUAACUCAAUUUCAGCAGACAUUCU